AUCAAACAAAAUCUGUGCAGCGCAUCCCUUUCGGCGUGUUGAAGUAGUUUCUUCUGUUUUUUCUCCAUGUUACCGUCGCGGUUACAGCGACUCUUGGAUUGGGGAGGGACUGGUUACACCUUUGUUCGUUGCUGAACAUUUUGUUACGUGCUUUAACAUUUUAUAAGAUGCUUCAGAGGAAAUGAAUUUCGUCUGAAGAUGUAUCUGGAAAAAAACUAAUUGUAUCGUUUUUGGAGGGUAUAGCUUUCUCUGAUCGACGGUACUGUAUUGUGACAGAGCAGGGAGAUAGAUACACACACGGUUUCCCAGUGCAAUGGAAUAAUUAACAACUGCAAAAAGAAGUGAAACUUUCAAAUGCCUGGAGACUUCGUCGAAUUGUUAACUUAAUCCCAUUAAAAUCAGUUUCCACCAAGUUCAGAUGCGGGUGGUUGAUUUUGAUCAAAAGACGUACACUGUUUACUAGUUGGGGGAUAAUUGCAAGCAGGAAUAUGGGCGGACUGAAUUGAGGAGUGAGUGCGUGGAGCGAGUGGGGGGAAGGUCGCAGUGUGUGCGGGAGCAGGAGGUAUCCGGGGCUGCCUGCCGCUCUUGCAGCUGCAUGCCAGGGGAAGGUAGUGCCGGGCACGACGCAUGCUCGCCGCCAGUAGCGGCCGGACCGGCGAGGGGUGAAAGACAGAAGGAAGGGGGAGAGAGAGAGAGAGUGGGAAGGAAGGGGAAGGAGUGAGACCUUUAUACCAUGCAGCAUUCAGCCAGGACAAAGCCGCCGGUUGACUCCCACUCGAGUUAAUGCCUCGGGGGGCGUCGUGUGGUAGCUGGAGCGAGGAGUUUGGCCGCGCCUGGAAAGUUUGUGGGCUGUUGUUGGAGCGGGGCCCGGGGAGGGAACUCGGUGCCCGGGGCAUCGCACCGUCAAGCGCCAGCCACCGUCAAUUGGUGAUUGUUCAAGUGCCAUCAUGGUGAGAUCUACUGCACUACUGGUUUCUUUGCUGCUUUUUCAGCUUAAUAGCUGUGAAGGAAAUAGGAAGAAGGAACCCACGCCAUCAAUACAAUUCACACAGCCCCUUUACAAUGCUUAUAUUUAUGAGAAUUCUGCAGCCAAGACCUAUUUAGAAAGUCAUCCAAAAAUGGGCAUAUACAUCACGCAUCCAGCAUCAGAGUUUCGAUAUAAAAUUAUUUCUGGUGAUCACGAAAACUUGUUUAAAGCUGAAGACUACAAUCUUGGGGAUUUCAGUUUCUUGCGUAUUAGGACCAAGGGAGGGAAUUCUGCAGUCUUAAAUCGAGAGGUGAAGGACCAUUAUUUGCUGAAUGUUAAGGCAAUUGAGAAAAAAACUAAUGCUGAAGCACGGACAAAGGUUAAAGUCCAUGUCUUAGACACAAAUGACCUGCGGCCAUUGUUUUCACCAACAUCGUACAGCGUAUCUUUGGCAGAAAACACACCCUUGAGAACCAGUGUGGCGCGGGUCAGAGCCACUGAUGCAGACAUCGGCACUAAUGGAGAGUUUUAUUACCGCUUCAAGGAUUGGACAGAUACGUUUGCCAUUCAUCCCACCAAUGGUGUAGUUACCCUAACUGGCAGGCUGGACUACUCAGAAAUGAAACAGUAUGAUUUGGAAAUCCUCGCUGCUGAUCGUGGCAAGAAAUUAUAUGGCAGUAGCGGAACAAGUAGCUUGGCAAAGCUUACUGUUCAUGUGGAACAGGGAAAUGAAAAUGUUCCAGUCAUCACAGCCGUUACUCUUGUCCCAUCAGACAUGGAUGAUGAUCCAACAUAUGCGAUCAUAACUGUGGACGAUGAAGACCCAGGAGUCAAUGGAGAAGUAGCUUCCUUAAAUAUUGUAGCAGGUGACCCACUACAUCAGUUCAGAGCCUUGAGAUCAAGUCCUGGUAGCAAAGAAUACCGCAUUAAAGCUGUCGAUCAGAUUGAUUGGGAAAGCCAGCCUUCUGGGUAUAAUCUCACACUUCAAGCCAAGGACAAAGGAAGUCCCCCUCAGUUUUCCUCUGUGAAAGUUAUCCAUGUGACAUCCCCUCAAUCAAAAUCAUUGCCCUGUAGAUUUGAGAAAGCUGUAUAUGAGGCCAGUCUGAAUGAGUUUGCACCACCAAAUUCUCCGGUUGUGAUGGUAACAGCAAAUCCAAUGUACCCGCAAAUUAAAUUUGCUUUCAGGCAUCAAGUGGAUAAGUUUCAUAUUAACCCUGACACUGGUCUCAUCACCACCAAUGAUUUUAUUAAAGCCCAAGAAGCUUCCUCCCAUGAGUUUGAAGUUAUAAUUGUUGACAGACAGGCAUCAACCAAAGUAAUUGUUUACAUAAUAGAUAUGAAUGAUAAUGCUCCUGAAUUCAAGCAGUCAUCAUACAAGGCCACUGUCAGUGAAAAUGUGCCAGUUGGCACCAGUGUCCUGACUGUAAGUGCCACAGACAUUGAUGCUGAUGAGAAUGGAUAUGUAACGUACAGUAUUGCCAACUUGAACCCACCACCUUUUGCAAUAGACUAUUUCAGUGGUGAUAUCAGGACCUCGGAAGAACUGGAUUAUGAAUUGAUGCCAAGGAUUUAUAACUUGCGGGUCCGGGCGUCUGACUGGGGCUCACCUUAUCGACGUGAAGUUGAAGCGCUUGUGACUAUUUUUUUAAGUAACGAAAAUGACAAUAAGCCAUUGUUUGAGAAAGUCAACUGUAUAGGUACAAUUCCGAGGGAUCUGAAUAUUGGUGAACUGAUUACUACUGUAUCUGCUAUUGAUGCAGAUGAGAUGCAGCUUGUAAGAUAUCAAAUAGUAACAGGGAAUGAAUUGGAUUUAUUUGAUUUGAAUCCUAACUCUGGUGUUCUUGUGUUAAAGCGGCUUCUCACUGACGGACCUGGUGUCACAGAAUCUUUUUAUAGUCUGCAGAUCACAGCUACGGAUGGAGAAAACUUUGCUGUUCCAAUGUACAUCAACAUCACUGUUGCAACCAGUCGUAAACAUGUUAAUUUGUUCUGUACGGAAACUGGAGUGGCUAAAUUCUUGGCAGAAAAACUUCUCCAGGCAAAUAAGAUCUACAACCGUGGUGAUGGUGAAGACCUGUUUUCUGAUAAUCAUUCCAUUAAUCGCCAUGCGCCACAGUUUCACAGUUCGUUCCCAGGUGUAAUUCAACUUAAAGAGAAUAGUCCAGUGGGAACAAAGUUAUUGUUUAUAAAUGCUACAGAUUUUGAUAAUGGCUUCAAUGGGAAAUUGGUCCAUGUAAUUUCUGGAGGUGACAUCGACAGCAAGUUCAUUAUUGAUAUGGAAACAGGAUGGUUGAAAGUAUUUUCUCCUCUGGACAGGGAAAAUAAUGAUCAUUAUACACUUAAUAUAACAGUGUAUGAUCUUGGGAUACCUCAGAAGUCUGCUUGGCGUCUGCUAGAUGUAAACAUACUAGAUGCAAAUGAUAAUAGGCCAGAAUUUCUGCAGGAUGUGUAUUCAGAAGUAGUGAGUGAAAACAAAGAAGUGGGAAGCAAAAUUAUUCAACUUGAAGCAACAGAUCGAGAUCUCGGUGCCAAUGGAGAAGUCAGAUAUUCUAUUCUGACAGACACGGAUAUGUUUGCAAUAGAUAGCGUAACUGGAAUUGUGAAAGUUAUAGGAUUGCUAGACCGAGAAAAGGAACCUGUUUACUUACUGAAGGUCCAAGCCAGAGAUCAAGCAAAAGAGGAGCCACAGCUGUUUUCAACAGUUAUACUCAAGGUGACUUUGGAAGAUGUCAAUGAUAAUGCACCAGAGUUUAUUCCCAGAAACUAUCACAUUAAAAUUCGAGAAGAUUUACCAGAAGGAACGGUUGCAAUGUGGUUGGAAGCCUAUGAUCCUGAUGUUGGGCAAAGCAGUCAAGUACGUUAUAGUCUGAUAGACAACGGAGAAGGAUAUUUUGAUGUGGAUAAGCUAAGUGGAGCUCUUCGCAUUGUGCACAAACUAGAUUUUGAGAAGAAGCAGUUCUAUAAUUUGACUGCUCGCGUGAAGGAUAAAGGACGACCAAUUUCUUUAUCUUCAACAUGCUACAUUCAAGUAGAGGUGGUGGAUGUAAAUGAGAAUCUUUAUGCUCCUGCAUUUCCUUUCUUUGUGGCUAAUGGAUCUGUCGGAGAAGAUGUUCCCAUUGGUACAUCAGUAAUGACUAUAACAGCCUCUGACAGUGACAGUGGUAGAGAUGGCGAUGUUAGAUAUUCCAUAAGAGAUGGAUCUGGACUUGGAGUCUUCACAAUUGAUGAAGAAAAGGGUAUAAUAAAAACAGCAGACCUUCUGGACCAUGAAACUACAUCACAUUACUGGCUAACGGUUUUUGCCACUGAUCUUGGAGUCGUGCCUCUCUUCUCCUUCAUCGAAGUGUAUAUUGAAAUUGAGGAUGUUAAUGAUAAUGCUCCACAGACAUCUAAGCCAGUUUAUUACCCCAAUGUCAUGGAGAACUCUCCCAAAGAUGUGUCAGUUGUACAGAUUGAAGCAACUGACCCAGAUUCCAGCGCGAGUGACAGGCUGAGCUACAAAAUUACUAGUGGCAACCCGCAAGGAUUCUUCACUAUAAAUCACGAGACGGGAUUGAUUACAACAACGUCACGGAAACUAGACCGGGAGCAACAGGCAGAACACAUCCUUGAGGUUACAAUUACUGACAAUGACAGUUUUCCAAAAUCUGCUGUUGCUCGAGUUAUCGUGAAAGUUUUGGAUGAAAAUGACAAUAAACCGCAGUUCUUGCAGAAGUUUUAUAAAAUUAAACUACCAGAGAGAAUAAAACCUGAGAGGGAGAAAUCCAUUAAGCGGGAACCCAUCUUCAGAGUCAUUGCUGCAGAUAAAGAUGAAGGCCCAAAUGCUGAAAUGUCUUACAGCAUUCAAGAGGGAGAUGAACAGGGCAAGUUUUUCAUUGAACCUAAAACUGGCGUUGUAUCAUCCAAGAAGUUUUCUGCAGCAGGAGAAUAUGACAUUCUUACAAUAAAAGUUGUGGAUAACGGACGUCCUCAGAAGUCGGCUACAGCUCGGCUGCACGUUGAGUGGAUCGUAAAACCUGAGCCACCUUCUGUACCAUGGCAUUUUGAAGAACCUUUGUUUUCCUUUAGCAUCAUGGAAAGUGAUCCAAUUACUCAUAUGGUGGGAGUCAUUGCAGUUGAACCACUUGGCACUACCCUCUGGUUUGAUAUCACUGGUGGCAACUAUGACAGCCGAUUUGAUGUGGACAAAGGUAGUGGAACCAUUAUCGUUGCCAGACCACUUGAUGCAGAACAGAAAUCAAAUUACAAUUUGACAGUGGAGGCAACAGAUGGGACAAUGUCCAUUAGCACUCAGGUCUAUAUUAAAGUAAUUGAUACAAAUGACCAUCGACCUGAGUUUUCAAAACCAGAAUAUGAAGUUAGUAUCCCAGAAGACACACUUCCUGAAACAGUAAUUCUGCAAGUUAGUGCCACAGAUAAGGAUGAGAAGAAUAAGUUGAUUUAUACUCUUCAAAGCAGCACGGAUCCAAUCAGUCUGAAAAGGUUCAGGCUGGAUCCUGGAACUGGUGUUAUCUUUACAGCAGAAAGACUGGACCAUGAGACCAAACAUCAGCAUGUACUUACUAUUAUGGUUCGAGAUCAAGAUGUUCCCGUCAAGCGUAAUUAUGUGAGAGUCAUUGUUAAUGUUGAAGACACCAAUGACCAUGCACCAUGGUUUACCAGUUCUUCCUAUACUGGUCGUGUCUUUGAAUCGGCUGCAGUUGAUUCGGCAGUGCUUCAAGUUAUGGCAUUGGACAAAGAUAAGGGACAGAAUGCAGAAAUUACAUACACAAUUGAGUCGGGAAAUGCUGGUAACAGCUUUGCCGUUGAUCCAGUUCUGGGAACGAUCACAGUUGCUAAAGGCCUGAAUCGUAGUACACGAGUGCAAUAUGAACUUAUAGUCAAAGCAACUGAUGGAGGAAAUGUUCCAAUGAGUGCCAUUACCAUUGUCCGCAUCUUUGUGACCGUUUCUGAUAAUGCAGCGCCCAAGUUUGCAGUGAAAGAAUACCACGGAGAAAUAAGUGAAGGGGCCAGCAUUGGUAGUUUUGUCAUCCUGAUAACUGCAUCCAGUCAAUCAUCUAUUGUUUAUGAAGUAAAAGAUGGAAAUACAGAUGGCGCAUUCAACAUCAACCCUAACUCAGGAGUCAUCAUUACUCAGAAGGCACUUGACAAUGAAGGACUGGCUUUCUACCGACUCAUUGUUCAAGCUACAAAUAUGGCUGGGUUAUCUACUAAUAUCACAGUUUUGAUACGGCUGCAAGAUGAAAAUGACAACAUGCCGGUCUUCAUUCAGUCAGAGUAUGUUGGAAUCAUUAGUGAGUCUGCCCAAGUCAACAGUGUUGUUCUGAAUAACCAAAGUACUCCACUGGUAAUUCAAGCCACAGAUGUUGAUGCAGGAUCCAAUGCUCUUCUGGUUUAUCAAAUUGCUGAGCCAUCUGCCCAGAAAUAUUUUGCCAUUGAUUCCAGCACGGGUGCCAUUCGUGCAGAGCUGAAGCUAGACUAUGAGCAGACUAAUAUUUUUCAUUUCACCGUGCAAGUGCAUGACAGUGGAAACCCACGGUUGUUUGCAGAACAUGGCACAAACGUUACCAUUCAUGUGAUCGACGUAAACGAUUGUCCCCCAGUCUUCGUGCAAGAUUUGUAUGAUGUCUCUCUUCUUGUGCCAACAUAUAAAGGUGUGAAAGUGACUGUCGUAAAUGCCACAGAUGCAGAUUCUAAUUCAAACGCGGAUCUAAUAUAUUCCAUAAUUGAUGGUAACAUAGGUGAGAAGUUCUCCAUAGAUGUAAAGACGGCACUUAUUUCAGUGCAAAACACUACCCAAUUGAGAAGCCGAUAUGAACUUAAAGUCAGAGUUAGUGAUGGCAAGUUUUCAACUACAACUUCGGUACGAAUAAAUAUAAAAGAAAGCAAAGAAAACCACCUGAGGUUCACACAAAGUUCGUAUUUUGCUGUAGUAAAGGAAAACUCCACAGAGAUUAAAACUAUAGCCAUUAUUACUACAAUGGGCAAUGACAUGAAUGAGCCAUUAUUUUACCACAUCCUUAAUCCUGAUAGAAAGUUUAAAAUAAGUCACACGUCGGGUGUUCUCUCAACUACAGGAAUUAUGUUUGAUCGUGAAGUGCAGGAAGUGUUUGAUGUAGUGGUUGAAGUUAGCGAAGAAAAAAACCCAUCAAGAAUGGCUCAUGUGGUUGUAAAGGUUACCGUUGAAGACAUUAAUGACAAUGCUCCAAUUUUUGUCAACCUGCCUUAUUAUGCGAUUGUCCAAGUUGAUGCUGAAGUAGGCCAUGUUAUUCGCAAGGUCACCGCUAUAGAUAAGGAUAUUGGUAAGAAUGGAGAAGUUUACUAUUAUCUCAAAGAACACCAUGAGCAUUUCCAGAUAGGACCGUCGGGGGAAAUAUCCCUAAAGAAGAAUUUUGAACCCAACCUCUCAAAUAUGGAGCAUAUUAUUAUUGUUGUUGUGAAGGACGGAGGGGAGGUAUCACUUUCUGCAGAAGUUGAAGUACCCAUCACCGUUAUAAACAAAGCCAUGCCUGUAUUUGAAAAACCAUUCUACAGUAUUGAGAUACCUGAAAAUAUUCAGCUUCACACCCCAGUUGUACAUGUUCAGGCUAAUAGUCCAGAAGGCCCCCGGGUAAUUUACAGUAUAACAGAUGGAGAUCCUUUCAAUCAGUUCACAAUCAACUUCAACACUGGAGUCAUAAAUGUAAUUAGCGCAUUAGACUUUGAAACACAUCCAGCUUACAAGUUAACCAUACGAGCAAUGGACUCGCUGACGGGCUCCCACUCUGAGGUGUUUGUCGACAUUGUGGUGGAAGAUAUCAAUGAUAAUCCUCCAGUGUUUGCAGAGAGAAAAUAUACUGCCACUCUGUCUGAGGCCUCGGUGGUAGGCACAUCAGUGGUUCAGGUCAGUGCUACAGAUUCAGAUUCUGGAAUAAAUAAAGUCCUUUACUACCAAUUAGUGGAAGAUGACACCAAAAGCUCGGAAUAUUUUCACAUUGAUAGCACCAGUGGUCUCAUUUUAACAGCACGGAUGCUGGAUUAUGAACAUAUUCAACAGUAUGAUCUCCUUGUCAGAGCCUUGGAUAAUGGAAAGCCCCAACUUAGUAGUGACAUUAUUGUGACUCUGCACGUCACUGAUUUGAAUGACAACCCACCACUGUUCAAUGAACUGCUGUACCAAGCAUCAAUAAGUGAGCCCAUAGGCCGGGGGCAUUUCGUGACGCUAGUGCAAGCCUCGGAUGCAGAUACUUCUGAUGUGGAGAAACUCCGAUACUCGAUUGUGUCUGGCAACGAUCGUACAAAUUUUGCAAUAGAUAGCAAGUUGGGCAUUAUUACUAUUGCAAACUUACCCAAGCAAAAUCUGGAGGCAGUUUAUAAUCUUGGAGUAAGUGUAUCAGAUGGGGUUUUCAGAAGCUCGGCAAAAGUUCUGGUAAAUAUUAUGACUGCUAAUUUCCAUCAUCCAGUUUUUGAUCAAAGUGACUACGAAGUAGAAUUGGCGGAAAAUUCGGAAAUUGACACCCUUUUGAUUGCAGUAAAGGCAACAGAUAAAGACUCUGACACAUAUGGGCAAAUAAAUUAUUCCAUUGUGAAUGACUUUGCAAGAGAUAAGUUUUCUGUUGAUCAGAGAGGAAGAAUUUUCACCUCUGAGAAAUUGGACCGUGAAAAUCCAGUAGAGAAGGUGAUCACUAUCGGUGUUAUGGCAAAAGAUGGUGGAGGAAAAGUGGCUUUCUGCAAUGUCAAUGUGAUACUCACUGACGAAAAUGAUAAUGUACCUCAGUUCCGAGCUGCGGAGUACAAGGUAAACAUUGGUUCGUAUGCUUCAAAGGGAUCUUCAGUCAUUAGAAUUGUAGCUUCCGAUGCUGACGAAGGUAGCAAUGCAGAUAUCGUGUACACCAUUGAAGCUGCUUCCGACAAUGUUGAAGAAAACCUUCAAAUUAAUUCAUUUACCGGUGUCAUCAGUACCAAGGAAAGUCUGGUUGGAUUAGAAAAUAACUUUUACACUUUCUUUGUUAGAGCUAGAGAUGGUGGAAUUCCACAGCUAGAAUCGGUUGUCACUGUCUAUGUACGAAUCCUCCUACCGGAAGUUCCUCUUCCAGUAUUUCCAGAACCCUUCUACACGUUCGCUGUUUCUGAAGAAAUUAGCAUUGGAACUGAGAUUGAUUUGAUCAGAGCAGACAGUGAUCAGCCCCUGAUCUACAGUCUUGUGGAGGGAAAUACCCCUGAAAGUAACAUGGAUAAAAUAUUCAUGAUAGAACCCGAUACUGGAAGGUUGAAAACUGAAAAGUCUCUUGAUCAUGAAACGACCAAAUGGUACCAAAUUACAGUCAUGGUGCGAUAUAAUUUUAAGGAAUAUGAAGUAUUUUCUUCUGUGGAUGUAAGCAUUCAAGUGAAAGAUGAGAAUGACAACAAGCCCAUUUUUGAUUCUAAUCCUUACGAAGCAUUUGUUGUGGAAAAUCUGCCUGAAGGAACCACAGUAAUUCAAGUAAAAGCUUCAGACCAGGAUUCUGGUGUGAAUGGCCAGGUGACCUACAGCUUAGCUCAAUCUCAGGAUCUUGACCAUGUGCUAGACCUCUUCACCAUUAAUGGCGAAACAGGUUGGAUAACAACCCUCAAAGAGUUAGACCAUGAGGAACAGAAGAAGUAUAGUAUCAUAGUGGUGGCAUCCGAUCAUGGAGAAAAGGUACAGUUGUCAGCUUCGACAUUAGUCGAUAUCACCGUCACUGAUGUGAAUGACAACCCUCCUCGCUUUACUGCUGAAGUGUACAAGGGGACUGUGAGUGAAGAUGAUCCACCUGGUGGAGUGAUCGCUAUAUUGAGUACGACAGAUGCUGAUACCGAGGAAGUCAACAGACGUGUUACCUGUUACAUUGCAGGUGGUGAUGCUCUGGGACAGUUUGCCAUUGAGCACAUUCAGAAUGAAUGGAAAGUUUAUGUCAGGAAGCCUUUGGAUAGAGAAAAGAAGGAUCAUUAUCUUUUAAACAUUAUAGCUACUGAUGGAACUUUAGUAGCCAGAGCAAUUGUUGAAGUUAAAGUCCUUGAUGCAAAUGAUAACAGUCCAAUUUGUGAAAAGACACUCUACACUGAGACCAUUGCAGAGGAUGUUCCUUCUGCCAAACUAAUCCUUGUGGUUUUGGCUGAAGAUGCAGAUAUCCGUUCGAAUGGAGCAGUCACUUACACGCUCCAUGGAACUGGGGCAGAGAAAUUCAGAUUAGAUUCUGUCACCGGUGAAUUGAAAACAUUUGCUCCUCUUGAUCGUGAGCAGCAAGCAGUUUAUAAUCUGUUGGUGAAAGCCAGUGAUGGAGGAGGCCGUUUCUGUCAGGCCGAGAUUGUUGUUACACUGGAGGAUGUGAAUGAUAAUGCACCGGUCUUUUCAUCUGAAUCGUACACUGUAUCUGUCUUUGAAAACACAGCCAAUAAAACACUGCUGACAAGAGUUCAAGCCACUGACUCGGAUGCAGGCUUGAAUCGUAAGGUGCUUUAUUCACUAAUGGAUUCUACAAAUGAUCAUUUCUCCAUUGAUGAAUUGUCUGGAAUUGUCAGUCUGGAGAAGACAUUGGAUCGGGAACUCCAAGCAUCGUACAGUCUCUCUGUGAAGGCCACUGAUCAGGGAGCUCUAAAAAAGCUCUCAUCUGUAUGUACUGUACUGAUUUCUGUGCUGGACAUUAAUGACAACCCACCUGUGUUUGAGCAUAGAGAGUACCUAGCAACACUUCCUGAGAAUAUUCAUCUGGGAACUGAGGUGCUUCAGGUAUUUGCAGCCAGCAGGGAUGCUGAGGCCAAUGCCGAGAUUACAUAUUCCAUCAUCAGUGGCAAUGAACAUGGGAAAUUCAGCAUUGAUCCAAGCACAGGUGCCAUUUUUGUGAUCUCAAGCCUGGACUUUGAAACAUCUCAUGAAUAUUAUUUGACAGUUGAAGUCACGGAUGGUGGAACACCUUCACUUAAUGAUGUGGCGACAGUGAAUAUUAAUGUGACAGACAUCAAUGACAACACUCCGAAGUUCAGUCACGAUGUAUACAUGGCGGUGAUAAGUGAAGAUGCUCCUCUGGGACAGCUGGUUGUUACAGUCAUUUCAGAUGACUCAGAUGGCCCUUCAAACAACCAAAUCUACUAUUCUAUCAUUAAUGGUAAUCAAGGCAGCCCAUUCACUAUUGAUAAUACCAAGGGGGAAAUAAAGGUGGCACAACAUUUGGACAGAGAAAAAAUUUCUGGCUAUACCCUGGUAGUCCAAGCUUCAGACAAUGGCACUCCUUCUCGGUUCAACACAACUACAGUCAAUAUUGAUGUAGCUGAUGUCAAUGAUAAUCCUCCAAUGUUCUCUCAGACAAACUAUAGCGUUGUCAUGCAGGAAAACAAGCCCUUUGGAUCCAGUGUGCUGCAGCUUCAAGUGAUAGACAGAGAUUCAUCGCACAAUGGCCCUCCAUUCACUUUUACAAUCAUGAGAGGGAAUGAAGAGAAUGAAUUUCAGAUAAAUCCACAAGGUCUGCUCUUAUCGUCAUCUCAACUUGACCACAAGAUCAAAGAUGUUUAUCUAUUGCAGGUGCAGGUGACUGACAACGGGCGACCUCCAUUAUCCUCAUCAACAUUCAUAAACCUUAAAAUUAUUGAAGAAAGUAUUUAUCCCCCAGCUAUACUUCCUCUAGAAAUCCACAUAACCACUGUUGGAGAUGAGUAUGCAGGAGGCGUUAUAGGAAAGAUUCAUGCAACAGAUCAGGAUAUAUAUGAUACUCUCAGCUACAGCCUUGCUUCUGACAUGGGAAGCUCAUUUGCAGUUUCCAGCACUGACGGCAAAAUGAUCGCACAUAAGCAUUUGGAUGUUGGUCAAUAUAUUCUUAAUGUCACCGUUACUGAUGGCCGGUUUACAACAGCCGCUGACGUAUCUGUGCAUGUUAAGCAAGUGACACAAAAUCAGGUCAACCACUCCAUAGCCAUACAAUUUGCAAACAUUACACCUGAAGAGUUUAUAGGGGACUAUUGGCGUAAUUUCCAAAGAGCAUUGCGAAACAUUCUUGGCGUUAGAAGGCACGAUGUACAUGUUGUGAGUUUGCAACCUUCUGAACCACCUUCAAACUUGGAUGUGCUCCUAACGGUCAAUAAAGCAAGUGAUUCUUUACACCUGCCUGAAGUUCUUUACCAUAAGCUGAAUGCCUCUGUGGUGGACAUGGAAGAAAUGAUGGGUGUCCGAAUACUAAGAGUCAUUCACAAACUUUGUGCUGGCCUAGAUUGCCCAAUUAAAUUCUGUGAAGAGAAGAUCACCAUAGAUAGCAAUACCAUGUCAACACACAGCACUGCAAGGCUGAGCUUUGUAACACCAAGGCACCAUAGAACGGCCGUCUGUCUUUGUAAAGACGGCAAAUGCCCCACUAUAUAUAAACCCUGUGAAGGUAAUCUCUGUCCUGCUGAUACUGAAUGCGUACCUGACGCGAAAGAAGGAAGAUACACGUGCUUAUGUAAAAAUGGGAAUCUGGGCCAAUGCUCUGGUGGUGCUUCUCUGUCAUUCAACGGCAAUAGUUACGUGAAAUAUCGGCUCAUAGAAAAUGAGAAUAAAGAAGAAAUGAAACUUUCUCUGCGUUUACGGACUUACCAUCCACAUGCUGUUGUCAUGUAUGCAAGAGGAACGGACUACAGCAUUCUGGAAAUUAACAAUGGAAGAUUGCAUUACAAGUUUGACUGUGGGAGCGGUCCAGGAACUGUGUCUGUGCAGAGCAUUCAAGUCAAUGAUGGAGAAUGGCAUUCUGUUUCAUUGGAAGUUGAUGGAAAUUACGCAAGAUUGGUUCUUGACCGAGUCCAUACAGCAGCUGGUACUGCUCCAGGCACCCUGAGAACACUAAACUUGGACAACUUCUUGUAUUUUGGUGGCCAUAUCCGUCAACCGCGCACAAAACAUAGCAGAAAUCUGCAGGUCAGCAAUGGCUUCAGAGGCUGCCUGGAAUCAGUCAUGCUGAAUGGGCAAGAGCUGCCUUUAAAUAGUAAGCCAAGAGCCUAUGCAGUCAUGGAAGAAUCUGUUGAAAUGUCUUCUGGUUGUUCAGUAAUGCUUGCAGAAGGCUGUUCAAGCAGUCCAUGCAUGAACAGUGGUACUUGUUCAUCGCUGCCUAAUGGAGGCUACUUUUGUAAAUGCACUUCUCUGUUUAUGGGCAUUCAUUGUGAAAUUGGUGUCAGCCCUUGUGCUUCGAACCCGUGUCUGUAUGGUGGAACUUGCAUUCCAGUGAAUGAUGAUUAUAUCUGCCAGUGUAGAGGACAAUAUACGGGAUUAAGAUGUCAAGUUGGUCCUUACUGCAAAGAUAAUCCAUGUAAAAAUAAUGGCAAAUGCAUCGAUAGUCUUGAUGGCCCAGUUUGUGAAUGUGAACCAGGUUAUCGUGGAGAGAGAUGUGUUGCUGAUAUUGAUGAAUGUUACAAAAGCCCUUGUCUUAACACAGGCAAGUGUGAAAACACAUAUGGGUCCUUCAACUGCAAUUGCAGCCAUGGCUUUGGUGGAAAACUUUGUGACGAUACUGUGGUUAACAAAUAUAUAUCCACACCAUGGAACAUUGGCCUAGAAGAAGUUAUUGGAAUUAUAAUCUUUGUCGCGACCAUAUUUAUCCUUGUUUUAUUCUUUGUCUUCUUCCGUAAGAAGGUUUGUAAAAAGAAGCAUCAUAACGAUGCUAGUGAAAAACGCAUUGGAGCGACCACUUCUUUCUUGCAGAAGAACUACUUUGAUUCUAAAAUGAAUAAAACAAUCUAUUCAGACAUUCCACCACAGGUGCCUGUUCGUCCAAUCUCUUAUACUCCAAGUAUUCCAAGUGACUCCAGAAACAAUCUUGACCGAAAUUCUUUUGAAGGAUCUGCAAUACCCGAGCAUCCAGAAUUCAGCACCUUCAAUCCAGACUCUAUGCACGGACAUCGGAAAACUGUGGCCGUUUGCAGUGUUGCUCCGAACCUACCUCCUCCUCCUCCAUCCAACUCUCCAUCAGAUUGCGAUUCCAUACAAAAACCAAGUUGGGACUAUGACUACGAUGCAAAAGUGGUGGAUCUUGAAUCCUGUCCAUCAAAAAUGACUCUUGAGGAUAGUGCUUGCCAUCCUUUUAACACCCGGGGAAGCAUCUCAGAGGUCCAGUCUCUUAGUUCUUUCCAGUCUGAAUCGUGUGAUGACAAUGCUUCCAUAGUGACUGUAAUACACCUUGUCAAUGCAGUUGUUGACUCGGUAGAAAAAGAAGAAACUUUUGCGGGUCAUGACCUCAAGAAUCCAAGAGCAUAUCACUGGGACACAUCGGAUUGGAUGCCCAAUGUUCAACUGCCUGGCAUCCAGGAAUAUCCGCAGUAUGAGGUAACAGAGCACGCCGCCCCACUUUAUUCUGAUCCCAAUGCCAUUGACACGGACUACUACCCUGGAGGGUAUGACAUUGAAAGUGAUUUCCCACCGCCUCCAGAUGAUUUCCCCAUUCACGGUGAACUGCCGCCUUUGCCCCCGGAAUACAAUGAGUUUGAUUCCAUACAGCCUCCACGGGACAUGCCCACUGCAGCAAGUCUGAAUUCAACAUCGCAAAAUAAACAGCAUUUUAACAUGAACCAGUAUCUCCCCCACCACCACUAUUCAGCGGACCUCUCAGAAUGCCAGAAUGCAGUCCCCGCAGGAAACAGCUACCGGGGCACCUACCCAUCCUACUCCUUAACGUAUAACGAUGACUUUGAAGCACCCAGCAUGGAUAAUAUCUCCAUGUCUGUCUACACGUCUACUACCGCCUCUUGCUCUGAUGUCUCGGCGUGCUGUGAGAUGGAAGAAUCGGAAGUCAUGAUGAGUGACUAUGAAAGUGGGGAUGAAGGCCACUUUGAUGAUGUAACUAUUCCACCAUUGGAUUUUCAGCAACACACUGAAGUCUGACAGUUCAUACAAAAUUAAAGUGCCUGGGCUUUAACCGGACGGACUGCGUCAAGCAACAGUUGCUUCUAUAUUGACAAGUAUUCUAUGUUAUUUUGCAUAUUGAUUUGCGAGCGUGGGUGGUGAGCUAAUUCCAGCAUGGCUGCAGUUGAUCAUGCAGCAUGUUCCUAAACAUCGUCACUUUCUUUCUCCUGAGCUACUGGAACUGAAUUUAACAACUUACAUUUUCAUUGGCUGUGCCAUUUCAGAAUGUGGUUUUGUAUCAGUAUCAACAUGCAAAGUAUUGAAGGAUUUUGAUAUUUGGCAAUAUAGUUCACACCAUCUUUUCAUUGUGGUAUUGGUCUGUAUUUAUGUAGUUCUAAUAAUACAGAGAUUAAUUUUUUUAAAGUAUUUUUCUUGUCCUGCAGUUUUUCUUUGUAAAUUUAAUGUACAGUUCUGAUUAAAUAGUUUAAACUAGGGUUUUGUAGAUAUAUGUGGAUUUGUUUCCAGAAUGUUAGUGCUGUUCAAGUGUGUUAAUCACUUGCUUUGACAUUGGCAUACCCUGAUAGUUGCAUACAAACCAGUGAUUAGGGUUGUGCUCUUAACUUUAUUAUUUCCAGUCAAUUUAAACAUUCAUCAUAAACAUUUUUACCAAAUGUACCAAAAUGCCAAGUUGAAAUGAAUGAGUGGGUUUAUUCUGCUAUGUUUGGGUCUGAAACAUGAAAAUGUCUUAACAGCGAAUGAGUGCAUUUUUAAAUUGUAAAUUGUGUGAAUUUAUUUUUCAGUAAAAGGGGACCUACUGAAUUUUUAGAACCAAAACUUUGCAUAACAUGACAAUGACUUUCUAAAGCUCUCUGUGGUGCAAUGGUCCUGAAUUUUUUUUAAUGAAACUUCCAUUAGCAUACACUUACUUUCGCAUUGGUAAUAAAUUGUGGAAAA